AUGGGCCAGGAGGCAGGAGACCUUGGCUGGCGGCUCAGCCUGUUGCUGCUUUCCCUGCUUCUGGUACAAGCUGGUGUCUGGGGGUUCCCAAGGCCGCCCCAGAGCCUGAAGGAGUUGCAUAGAGAGUUCACCAUCAGCCUGCAUCUCGCCAGAAAGCUGCUCUCAGAAGUUCGGGAUCAGGCCCACCACUUUGCUGAAUCUCGCCUGCCAGGAGUGAGCCUGGAUCUGCUGCCUCUGGGGGAGAAGCUCCCCAAUGUCUCCCUGACCUUCCAGGCCUGGCGCCAUCUUUCUGACCCAGAGCGCCUCUGCUUCCUCUCCAUGAGCCUGCAGCCCUUCCAUGAACUGCUGAGAAGCUUGGGGGGCCAGGAGGGCUGGACCAGUUCGGAGAGGAGGCAGCUGUGGGCCACAAGGCUGGAUCUCCGGGAUCUCCAGAGGCAUCUCCAUUUCCAGGUGCUGGCUGCAGGAUUCAGUCCCCCCCGGGAGGAAAUGGAGGAAGAAGAGGAAGAAGAGGAGAAGGGGCUGUCCCUAGGGGCUCUGGGCAGCCCCAUCCAGGUGUCACCCCAAGUGUCCUGGCCCCCCCAAGUGUCUUGGCCCCAGCUACUCUAUACCUACCAGCUACUACGCUCCUUGGAACUUGUCCUGUCCAGAGCUGUUAGGGACUUGCUGCUGCUCUCCAAGGACUGGAGUUUGGGAACAGCUUCCAACAUAGUCACCUCAGACCAAGCUGAGCUCUACCACCCCCUCAGUCCCCACCCAGUAACUUAAAGCCCCUUCAGUUCUUGCCACGUAUUUAUUUCUUGGAUAUUUAUUUAUUGUUUGGGAAGACAAUCGUUUAUUUAUUGCUUCAUCCUCAGGCGGGGCUGCCAUACUGGGUACUUGAAUUAAAAGUGAACAAAUCUUGCCCUCUCUGUUUCAGCUUCCUUAUGCAGGAGGGCACCUGGCACCCAUGGGACCCGAUGGCCCAGGAUGGAGUUGGCAAUUUCAGGCUCUACCCUGAUCCCUUCUUGGCUCAUACAUUUGUUGGGAUUCUUGAUCCACAACCCUCACCCCAUUCCAAACCCAGCCUGCUCAGCUGGCAGUUGCCAGAGUAACCAGGAGAGUUCUAGGGCUGCACUGCCAUUUUUGAGAAACUCAAGGCAGAUAUUCUGCUACCCUAACUCAUGCUCUUCUGAUUCCAAGUGGUGGCCCCAGGCCCUUUGAACCUCUUUCCUCUGGGCUGGCUUCUAUGCCAGUAGUAUUAUCUACACAGCUCUGUGGAGCUGGGCAUAGUAGAGUAUGAGGGCCAGAAAGGGAAAACUGUAGAACACUAGUGUCCAACCCCCAGUCUUCCUGCUGGAAGAAACAGGUUGGAAAGGUGUUCGUCGCAACAAGUGGACCUGUCACUGGGUCCAGGUGAGGGUUUGUGAAGUUUCCCUCUGAAAAAAAGGGACUCUCCACUUAGGGUCCUUCAGUCCCAGUGGGGGUAAUCGGGUGUGGGGGAUAAUGCACCAGCAUUGC